GGGCGGCUGCUGCGGGGAGGCUGGGCAGGGUUAGGAGCGAAUUUGGAGGGUCAUGCCGCGGGGUCGUCUCUGCGCCUGCGCCGCUCCGGGAUGCUGAACCUUGCAGAACUGCUGUGGCGCCGGGUCUUGCGCAAGCGCUGGGUGCUCGCCCUGGUUUUCGGGCUCUCACUCGUUUACUUCCUCAGCAGCACCUUCAAGCAGGAAGAGAGGGCGGUAAGAGACCGGAACCUUCUCCAGGUUCAAGACCGUGAGCAGCCCAUUCAGUGGAAGGUCCAGUUUAACCUGGGCAAUAGCAGCCACCCCAACAACCAGUGCCGAAACUCUGUUCAAGGGAAGGAUCUCCUCACGGACGAGCUGGGCUAUGUCUGCGAGAGGAAGAACCUGCUGGCGAACGGCUGCUGCGAUGUCAAGGUCCCCAGCACGAAGCAGUACUGCUGUGAAGGGUGCCUGGUCAAUGGUUGCUGUGAAGUCUACGAGUACUGUGUCUCCUGCUGUCUGCAGCCCAGCAAGCAACUUCUGCUGGAACGCUUCCUCAACCGGGCAGCUGUGGCCUUCCAGAACCUCUUCAUGGCCGUUGAAGACCACUUUGAACUGUGCUUGGCUAAGUGCAGGACUUCAUCGCAGAGCGUGCAGCAUGAAAACACGUACCGUGACCCCAUAGCCAAGUACUGCUAUGGAGAGAGCCCACCCGUACUCUUCCCCGCGUGAGGCCUGUUGGAGAGAUACCCAGAACCAGCCCGGUCCACGUGAGAUGAUGAAGGAGGAAGCCAAGGAGGACCCUUGGCUUUGAGCAUGUCCUGUGGCAUCCAGUGUCUCUGUCUCCCUCACCUCCACCUGGAGCAGACAGAGCUCUUUUGUAGAGCAGGCCCGGUGAGGCCCCGGCACCCUGCCUGGCUGUGGCCGUGGGACGGCUGCAGGGCCAGGUGCUUGAUCCCGUGUUGUAGUUUCUAAUGACUUCGCAGUGCUGGAAGUCGCACUGUUUUGUGCAGGACACCUUUGCCCGUGCAGUUGGAUCCACUCAAGGAGGUGACUGCUCUACGUGGCUCCUCACUGUCACAGUGACGUCGUUGCCGCGCCAGACCCAAGUGUGUCUCCGGGAGUGUGGGUGUACAGACUUAUUUUUGGUUGUUUUAACACCUGGCCAGCAGGCCUUGUAUCUAUAUCCCAACAUCUAGGGGUGUGUAGAGCCUCAGGGAGGGGCUUGUACCCACUGAGCCUGCAUAGAGCUGCCCUGGUGUGGUGGUCGGAGGCCUGAAUCCCCCGAUGAUCUCCCAGUGGAAUUUGCUGUCACUGUACCCCUGUUGAAACCCCUCAGCCUUGGGGCAGGGGAGCCUUUCCCUUGUCUGUCACAGAAGCCGGUGGGGACCUGGUGAAUGCGGUCUACGGCACUCAUUCAUUCUUACCGCUCGCUCUCCGCUCCUGGCUGUGUGCCAGGGGAGAGCUUGUUAAGCUCCUACUUCAGCCUAAAGUUUUACAUCCGCUCUCAGUGGGAGACAUAUGCGGCAGCCAUGCAGGAGAGCAUCCCAAAGGCAGGCCGGUGUCCAGUGCUUGCGGGAGUAGACAGUUGUCACCGGUAACUGAAACUUGGGUUUCAAGCAUGGGGCAAGACCCCUCCUUCUUGACUCUCCUGUCUUUUUCUCCAGUCUCCUAUAACACACACGGCUCCUGGAGACCCUUCACUGACCCUUACAGAGGCCACGGCAUUUGUGGUUUGGGCUCAGGUUGCCCUGGUGUCAGGCAUGAGUCUCCAGAUUUUCUCUCAGCAGCUUCAUAAAGCCGUGUCUCCCAACUGUGUUUGCUCUCCGGAUGGAAUUUCCUUCAGUGCCCUCCUGCUUCCUCUUCUUGCUCACCUCUGUGGAAGGAAGGACAGGCUGAUGGGCAUUGUUCUCGUUUGGGGUCGCCAUGUGCGGAUCAGAUCCAGGACUUUGUGUGUGACUGGCAAACUUUCUGCUACUGAGCCCUGGCCCUGGCUAGGGAAUCAAUUUUUACUGUUAGAUCCCAGUGAUUCUGUUCCGUUUGCUCUGGACUUCUCAGUGUGUGGAUUCAAAGUUCACGAAAGAACUGGGUGCACCUGCACAUUCUGGUGCAUUCUGGAAUGUUCUGGCAUGUUCUGAUGUGUUCUGGCUUGCUUACUCAUUCUUUCUGGUAACCGGGAGAUAUAUAAUUUUUUUAAGACAGGGUCUCCCAUUGCCCAGGCUGACAUCCAGCUUCGUAUGUGUUUGACACCAACCUUAAAUUCCUGAUGCCCUUUGCACCUGCCAAGAGCUGGGGUUAUAGGUGCAUGCCAGCUGCAUGGCUCAUCAGCCUUGUAAUGCCAGUCUACCCUUGGUCAGCGUUGGAGUUGGUUAGUCACUCCCUUGGGUUCAUUUUCACUCCCAAGAGUGGCGACACGGGUUUAAUGUAAACAUCAUGUCCGUUGCCAGUUCUCUCUGACCUGGCACUGGAAAGGCAUGUGUGUACAGUCCUUGAGUUUAUAGACCCCGAACAGUUGAGGUCAAGAAUCCAGUUUACUUGUGUUUCACUCGGGAGAUGAGGAAAUAGCUUACCCUCCCAGGUCCCUACCAGGAUAGAGUAAUCAAAACCCACAGAAGAACUUCACCUCGAAUCCCGCCCUCUUCUGAGGACGGACGGCUUCAGUUAUCCCAGAUAGGAGAAAGAUACCACGCCGAGUCGGUAAUGCAGAGGUCACUUUUGAUUGACUGUGGAAUAUGGGUUUUGUGUUUUAAUCAUGCUGGGGAACACACACACACACACACACACACACACACACACACGACUGGGGAAGUCUGGGGAGGGGGCAGGGUGGGAAGAGCCGCAGGUAGGAGUGGUAUUGAGGAGGCCCGGAGGCCAGUGUUCACAACGGUAUGCUAAUAGGCACCAUAGUUAGGCUUUUGUCCUCAGUGUUUUUUUUUUUUUUUUUUGACUUGAUACUAACGAUAAAAUAAUUACCUAAAAA